AAUUCCAAAGAUCAUUAAUUACAAAAAGUUAAAAAAAAAUACAGUCUUUUCUUUCUUUCUUUUUUCAUUACUAGUCUUACACUAGUUAGUUAUAUAUUAUACCAUAGUGAAAAAACACAACACUAACAUAAUAAUAAUAAUAAUAAGUAAGAAAAAAAAAGUUGUCUUUUUUCUCAAUCAUGGCAAAAAAGACCAGUUCUUCUACUUCUUGGUUGACUGUUGUUAAAAGGGUUUUCAGAUCUCCAACUAAAGAUGACAAUGGUAAAAAGAGUUGCAGAAGAAGAGAAGAGAAUCAUCAUAAUGAAGAAGAAGAAAAGAAGAGAGAUAAAAGAAGGUGGCUUUUUCGAAAACCAAUUCUUCUUCCUCAAGUUGAUGAAGUUUCAGAACAAAGUAAUCAUGCAAUGGCUGUAGCUGCAGCCACUGCGGCUGAAGCCGUGGCUGCCACUGCUCAAGCCGCAGUAGAAAUUGUUAAGCUCACUACUACAACUACUACUAGUAAUAGUAGGUGUUGGAGUAGUUUCAAUACUAGUAAAGAACAUUAUUACGCGGCUAUAGUGAUUCAAACCGCUUUCAGAGGCUACUUGGCAAGGAGAGCUUUAUGUGCACUUAAAGGACUUGUAAAGCUUCAAGCAUUAAUAAGAGGGCAAAAUGUGAGAAAACAAGCGAAAUUGACACUGAAAUGCAUGCAAGCGCUCGUUAGGGUUCAAGAUCAAGUGCGCCAUCAACGAGCAAGGCUCUCACUCGAGGGACUUCCUACGAGUACUACUCGUAGGAAAUCAAUGUUCGAUGAAAUUAAUAAUAAUAGUUUGUUGUGGAAUUCAAACUACCUCGAACAUAUUCGAAAUAGGGUUUCAUUGUCAAGAGAAAGAAGUGGUGGUGUGGAAAAUGAUGAUGAUUGGGAUGAUUAUUAUUACUACCCUCAAACUCAAAUUCAAAUUCAAAGGAAGGAUGAUAUUGAAGAAGCUAAUAAGCUACAAAAUCGAAAGGAAGCUUCUUUCAAACGUGAAAAGGCUCUUGCUUAUGCUUUCUCUCAUCAGAUAUGGAGAAAUAGGAGAAACCCAUCUUCAGGGAACGAAGAAGAGUUAGAAGAGAGAAGUAAAUGGCUUGACCGUUGGAUGGCCACAAAACAAUGGGAAAACACAACUGAACAACAACAGAGAAGAGACACUAAUAUCAUAAGAACAACACUUGAACUGGACACUUAUGGCCCAAACAUUAGAAAACAACAACAACUUCAUAAAGCCCAACAACCAGGCCCACUUCUAAGCCCAAAUAUUCCUAGCCCAGCAGUCACUCCCUCUCCCUCCAAACUCAAACUACUACGUCCCUCAAGCCCAAGGUACUCGUCUUCAAAAGAAGAGAGAUGUUACUCUGCGGCGCACACACCAAACUUCGGUGUGGUCGCCACGUGUCGUUACGGGAGUGUACCAAAUUACAUGGCGUCAACUGAGUCAGCAAUUGCCAAGUCACGUGCUCGCACACUCAGCGCACCAAAACAAAGAGAACAAAUAAGAGGAAGUAGUGGGUGUGGUACUAAUGGUUCGGUAAGGAAAAGACUAUAUUACCCUUCAGUUAUGGAUCAACAAAACGACGUCGUUAGUGACCAGUUGAGGAGCCCUAGCUUCAAGAGUUUGCAGAAUGGGUUUUGUUACUAUAAUGGAAUGGAUCAGAACAACUUGAAUAAUUCUUCUUCUUGUUAUGCUGAGAGCCUUAUUGGUAGGGAAAGGGAUAAUGUUUCUGCAUGUUCUACUACUGACCUAAGGUGGUUAAAAUGAAAGAAAAAAUAAAUAUGAGGGGGUAAAUUGUGAACUUUUUUUUUUAUGUUUUGGUAAAUUGUGUUUUAAGAUUUUGUAUUUUGCUAAGUAGGAAAAAUUUGUAUUUUUCUAUUGAUUUUAGUCAUCAUAAUUUUAAAUAUAAUUUUUUAUUUUUCUUA